AUGACAGACGACUCGUUCCAGCUCUAUGACCUCCGUGUCGAAGUGGCCUGCCCCGCUGGCAAGCGUAUCAUGUGCGGCGCCAAAGAAGGCGACUAUUUUACCCUGCAGGGCGAGAUGCUCUAUCUUCCUCCAAAUCAGGGAGUAAGCAUUUAUAGUUUAUCUUCGGUUCUCCCCCUGCUCCCAGCCAAGCAGCGUGUAACGGACCCCAACGAUUGGAUGACCACGGACACGGUGAUUGCCUGUCCGGAUCCAAACUGUCCUUCAUCGCUCAAGAUUAUUCGCGAAGGAAUCCGAACCUUCAGCCAUUCCGAAACGACAGUGGUGCCGUUGCCUACCAACUCUUAA